AUGACGGAAACUUCAGUUCCAGUGAGCUGCCCUGGAACAGAGUCGGAACAGGCCGGCAGAGCCGCGGCUUGCUAUGGCUGCCCAAACCAAACGGCUUGUGCCGCUGGGAAGAACACAACUGUGGACCCAGAUCGCGUGGCUAUAGCGAACCGACUGGCUGGUGUUCAGAGAGUCCUCUUUGUCGUAGCGAACAAAGGGGGUUGCGGUAAGUCUUCUGUUGCUGCGCAGCUAGCGUUUGCUUUUGCUUCCGGCGUUGCCUGUGAAGCGGUUGACAGGGAGCUUGAAGUUGGACUUCUCGAUGCUGAUGUGACGGGACCGUCGAUUCCGCACUUACUUUCUAUCGCAGAGGAAGAAGUGCACCAAUCGGCCACUGGCUGGCAGCCUGUGUACGUCCGGGGCAAUCUAGCUGCCAUGUCAAUUGGUUUUAUGCUUCCGUCAAAGGAUGACGCGGUUGCUUGGCGAGGAGCGCGGAAAACGGGUCUUUUAAAACAGUUCCUGAGAGAUGUCGACUGGGGCGAUUAUCUCGACUGGCUCAUUAUCGAUAUGCCGCCGGGGACAUCGGACGAGCACAUUACGCUAACGCAAGCCUUAGCAGGGAUUGCGAACACUGCAGCGCUCAUUGUUGCUACUCCUCAAGAGGUCGCCCUCUUGGAUGUACGUAAGCAGGUACGCUUUUGCGAGCGUGCCGGCGUUCCCAUUGUGGGUAUCGUCGAGAAUAUGUCGUACUAUACGUGCCGCCAUUGCGGUCAUCAGGAGGAAAUUUUUACGCCAACAACUGGUGGAGUGCAAGCCCUUUGCAACGACAGUGGCGUUCGCUUCCUAGGUAGGAUUCCUUUGGAUCCGGCACUGAUGCGAGCCUCUGACCUCGGGGAGGCGAUCCUAAAUUACGAUUGUCCCGCCCGCGAUGCAAUUUUCGAGCUUGCCCGACACAUUGGAAAAGCUUUCUCUCCAAAGACGAUAGCAAGCCUCGAAGUGGAGAGCUCAUGA